AUGCAGCAACUCCUGCUCCUGGUGGCCUUUCUCCUACCUGCAGGGGCUUGGGCAGGGGAGAUCAUCGGAGGCCAAGAGGCCCAGCCCCAUUCCCACCCCUACAUGGCCUAUCUUCUAACCCGAACACCAACGGGUCUGAGCACUUGUGGAGGAUUCCUGGUGCGAGAAGACUUUGUGAUGACAUCAGCUCGCUGCUGGGGAAGCCGUAUGCGCGUCAUCUUGGGGGCCCACAACAUCAGGAGACAGGAAAGGACCCAGCAGAGUAUAUUGGUGCUCAGAGCCAUCCGCCACCCUAGAUAUAAUCAGCAGAACCACCUGAAUGACAUCAUGUUACUGCAGGGGGACACUGGAGGCCCCCUUGUGUGUAACAAUGUGGCCCAGGGCAUUGUCUCCUAUGGAAGAAGAUUCGGGGCUCCUCCAACAGUCUUCACCAGGAUUGCUCGUUUCCUACCCUGGAUAAAUAGAACAAUGAGCCAACUUAACCAAAAGAGAGCACACUGA